AUGAGGCUCUUCCUGAUCAUUGCAAUUCUGCUUUUCCAGCAGCCCACAGUAACUGAACAACUUAAGAAAUGCUGGGAUCAAUAUAUACAAGGAAACUGCAGAAAAAUAUGCAAAGUAACUGAAACACGUGAAGUACUAUGUGAAAAUGGGAGAUACUGUUGCCUCAAUAUCAUGGAACUGGAAGCACGCAAAAGAAUACCAAAGCCAACUCGUCCAAAGCCAAUGACAUAUGCAAUAACUUUACCUCAAUAUUAUGAUACAUAUGUAGGAAAUUAUAUAAGCCCCAAGACAAAUUCUACAUAA